AGGUCUGAUACUGCCAUCCGAAAGAGGCUAGAUUACUACUUGUGAUCACGGGAUCACGCGAUGACAGGAGUCUGGGCGCGAUCCCUAAGAUGUGACGCCGAGAGUGACUCGGUUGGCAUACAAUAGGGCAAACCAGACGUGAUUGCGUUUAUUUAUGUCGAUUGAAGACGAAAACCCGAACCGGUUUUCGCUUUAUACCUGCUGCGGGUCAAUUGCUCUUCGAUAUUUAUAUCUAUAGCCCAUUUAUUAAAGCUUGAACCGCUGGACGAGCUGGCUCUCUUGAAAGCGAUUAGCACCGCCACCAGGCUUCCUCCAUCCCGGAUCCCCUUCACGGUCGCCAAUAUGGCACCCAGACGCUCAGCUCGGAUUAGCUCUAUCCCAAACCAGCCCAAGCCGGCAACCUCCAAACCCCAGGCUAGAAGCAGCAAAGGGUCCCAAAACAACAGCAACCCAAAUGGGAUUACAAAGAAACGAAAAACACCAGCAGGUAGCACUUUGAAAGGCAAUGUACCUGCAAAAGUUGCCGAUACCUUUGUACUCCCCUCCACCCCCGGAAGCAAGCAACCCUCUAAGGAUGUUUCAAAAGACUCCCUCAGGCUUACUCCACCGCCGCGACUUGAUCGACCAGUCGACCCCCAUAGGACCAAUGCCACAUUGAUGACCCCAAGAGGAAGCUCAGUAGUGGUAUACCCUUCGGUAGAGGACGCUUCACCCAGCAAAACUGGCCUCCCGCGGCCCGUCACCACGACAGGGAAUUUGCUCGAGAAGGCACUUGAGCAUCUGAUCGCUACAGAUCCACGAUUGAAACCCGUUAUUGAGAAACACCAUUGCCGAAUAUUCUCUCCAGAAGGGUUGGCCGAGCAGGUGGAUCCAUUUGAGAGCCUCAUAAGCAGCAUCAUCAGCCAGCAGGUUUCUGGUGCCGCGGCGCAGUCUAUUAAGAAUAAAUUUCUGGGGUUAUUCGAAAGUACGGAUUCAAUAGAGUCCAGUCAAACAAGAGGGUUUCCUACUCCUACAGAGGUCACCCAGCUUGAUAUCCCCACGCUGCGUACGGCUGGACUAUCUCAAAGAAAAGCAGAGUAUAUCCAAGGUCUCGCGGAGAAGUUUGCUAGUGGCGAGCUGUCUACGGAGAAAUUACUCAGGGCUAGUGAUGAGGAGGUUAUGGAUUUACUCAUUGCGGUGCGAGGACUGGGUAGGUGGUCAGUGGAGAUGUUCUCGUGCUUCGCUUUGAAGAGAACAGACGUUUUUUCGACUGGGGAUUUGGGGGUGCAACGUGGCUGUGCAGCUUACGUAGGGAAAGAUAUCAAUAGACUUAAGUCAAACGGGGCUAAAGGGAAGUUCAAGUAUAUGUCCGAAAAUGACAUGCUGGAACUCGCGGAAAAGUUCAGGCCAUAUAGGUCGCUUUUCAUGUGGUAUAUGUGGAGGGUAGAGGAUGUAAAUAUAAACGUAUUUAACUGAUUACUGUGCAAUUACCAAUAUCAUGUAUAUAUCAAUUAAUAUAAGAGCAGACCUUGUUUAUAUCGAUUAUGUGGAACAAUUCUAGAACAAAG